AUUACUAGCGGCAACUAAGAAGACAAAUUGAUUAAGAUAUGUAACUAACAAGCAGAUCUUAUGUUUGUUUUUCAAAAAGUAGGAAUAAAUAUAUCACGUAGAAUUUGCACUUUGGAUGGACAUGCAGGGACCAUCUGCUUACUCGACCGCAUCUCUGCGCGUUGCUGGAAGGAGAGACUCUGGUGGGGAUAUAGCGGCUGACCCGAGCCUUGACACGAAACACUUUCGCGUUUGUCGUUUCAUCAUGGAGACAGGAGUGAAACUCUGCAUGCGCUCGGUGCCCGUGGCUACAGCAUGUGUGCUCUAUCAUCGUUUCUUUGAGAGGGUCAGUAUCCAUGCCUAUGAACCCUACCUAGUGGCCAUGAGCUGUGUGUACCUGGCUGGUAAAGUGGAGGAGCAGCACAUCAGGACCCGUGAUAUCAUCAAUGUAAGCCACAGGUAUUUCAACAGUGGCAGUACUCCUUUAGAAUGUGACAAGGAGUUCUGGGACCUGAGGGACAGCGUGGUGCAGUGUGAGCUCCUCAUCCUCCGACAGCUCAACUUCCAAGUCUCCUUCGAACACCCUCACAAGGUAUAUUUGCUCCACUACCUGCUGUCUGUCAAGUCACUUGUGAACCGCCAUGCUUGGUCUCGAACUCCUGUAGCUGAAACUUCCUGGGCGCUGCUUAGAGACUGUUACCAUGGAGCCAUGGUCAUCUGCCACAGACCCCAACACAUCGCCAUAGCAAUGCUGUACCUGGCUCUAAACAGCUAUGGAGUGGAACUGCCUGCUGGGGAGAGAGAGUGGUGGCAGGUGCUGUGUGACGACGUGAUGAAAGCAGAUAUCGACGCUGUGAUCGCAGACCUUCUUCAGCUCUAUGAUAUGGAGGCCAAGUGUAUCUGAUGUAUCUGAACAACACACCUACAAGACCAUCACGUCUCUGUUUUGCCACUUGACUGUGCAGUACAAAGCUGAAUGUGUGUUAUGGUGCACAUUGUAGUGUAAAACUGUACUUAUAUAGUGCUCUGCUACAACUGAGCACUCAAAGUGCUUGUGUUCAGGUGUGUCUAAGGUAGAAGAGCACUUUGUGUCUUUGCCCCAGUUAUUCUGUGAGUUAACAAAAACAUGCCUGCACUACUGAUUUCUUCCAGUGUGGGGAGACAUUUCUGUCAUUUCUGAUCUGUUAUUUGUCGGCCUUGCACUGCAUAAUACAUCCUGAGCGCUUCAAAAACAUGCUGACUCUCAGUACCACCGAUCUCUUCAUAUUCCACACAUCACACAUUUUUACUACAAAUGCUAGAUGGUGACUACUCUUAGAUCUUUCUGGACUAGGGUAGUACAGCACAGUUUUUUUGUUUGUUUGUUUUUUCUUUGAGAUUAUAGGCUUGAUUAGUACCUUGCAGAAUAAACCUGCAUAUUUUCAAGGACAAUGGAUGCUACAUACUGGAUACCAUAAAUAUCUUGUAUUUUUACGAUGCAUAGUAUUCACAUACAAAUGCAUUGGUUGGAUGAAGUAUUAUAGAGGAAUAUCUGUAAUUUCCAUUAAUCCAUUCAUUUUUAUUAACUACUUGUUCAGUUCAGGGUCACAGGAGGCCUGGAGCCUAUCCCAGCCACGAUCGUGGCUAAACAACUUGCAAGUCUGUUUCAGGGCUAGCAAAUUUUUACAUAUUCAUGCAUUUUCUCCAUGUAUAAUAAUGUUUACAUAUUAUGAUUAGAAACUAUUUGUAAUUUAAAGGGGGCUCAUUCUGAUAAUAAUACAAAUAUUUGGGACUCGUUUCCCCUAUAUUCUGUCAGAAAUACAUUGUGUUACAAUGGCUUUCCACCAGGAAAGAUGUUAAACCAGCAAGUGGAGUCGGGUAUAGUGCUAUAGAGCAACUAAAAUGCUUAUUGCAAAAUGCACAGACAUGAGCAAGCUGAGUAAGUGCAGCUCUGUAGACGGGGAGACGAGGGAGUAUAUUUCCCACUUCCAGCAUGGCGAGAAAGUAACAUGUCUAUAUACCAGGGGAGAGCUGACCUCAUUCACUUACAGUAUGAUUAUAAGACUGAGCCUACCUUAAGUUCAUGGAUGUCAAAUGAAUAGAUAAAACAGUGUUAAGAGAUUUUUAAAUGGUUCUUUAUUCCCAAGUUUUACUUAUAUUUUUUUCAAGCUCAUUUAUAGGAAAUACUUUGAAUGGAAAAGAUGAUGUUGAACUUUUAAAGUUUAAUCAUUUAAAGUUAACAUUGUGUCACCCAAAAAUGAAAAUAUGGUGUUGGAAAUGAAAAUAAGAUCUUUUUAAGGAAACUAUAAAAAGGAACUAAAUUUGUAACCAAUUUGUUUGGGACUGAGACAAUAAAGGGAAAUGCUGAGAAACAGA